AUGAAAUCCACUGCUCUCGCAUUCUGGUUGGCUUCGUCUCUACCAGUCGCGAUGAGCCGUACUUUCACGGUGUAUAAUGCAUGCCCAUUUACAAUUUGGCCCGCUGUAUUUACUGACUUGAACGUAGGAUCGGCGACACCGUCUGUGGAGACUGGCUGGGAAGCAGCCGCAUAUACCUCUCGGACAUUCUCAGUCCCGAACGAUUGGAAAGCCGGUCGUAUCUGGGGUCGACGCAACUGCGACUUUUCGGUAAACCCGGGUCCCAACUCAUGCCUGUCCGGCGGGUGUAAUGGCGGCUUACUCUGCGAUUCGAGGACUGGAACAGGGGUCCCGCCGGUCUCACUGGCAGAAUGGACCUUGAGCGGAGAUGGAAAUCGUGACUUUUACGACGUGUCGCUGGUUGAUGGAUAUAACCUCCCAAUGCGCAUAACAAACAACGUUGGUUGUCCGGUUGCCGACUGCCCGGUAGAUCUUGGUCCGAACUGUCCGGAACCAAUCAAGGGGCCUUUUGACUCGAGUGGGUUCCCCGUUGGCUGCAAGUCCGCCUGCUUUGCAAACCUAGAUGGAAACCCAGGUGAUUCUGCUAACUGCUGCUCCGGAUCACACAAUACUCCAGAAACCUGCCCGGCUUCAGGGGUUCAGUAUUAUGACUACUUCAAAAGUAAUUGCCCGAACUCGUAUGCCUACGCGUACGAUGAGUCGAGCGGGACCGCACUCUGGACUUGUGACUCUGGGAUAAACGCAGAUUGUUUUAUGACAGAUACUCUGACUUUCUGCCCUUGA